AUGUAUUUAAUAUUGUUCCUAAUAUCAUAUAUCAUUUUGCUCCAACAACUAUUCAUCGCUAAUAGUGCAUAUAACGAGAAGAAAUUCUUUUGUGACAAAUACUGUAUUGUAAAACGAAUUAAACGACGAGCUAAUAAUAUUACAAAGAAUGAUACGAUAACAUUAACAACAACAAAUAUAUUUCCUGAUCAAUUUAAAAUAAUUGAAACAACAAUUAAUGCUGAUGAUAAUGAUACGAUAAUCUCAACUGAGUUAUUAAAGGAAAAAAUUUUGAAUCAAAAUGAUAUUUUAAGUUCAGAAUUUGAAAUACCACAAUUUGCAUGUGAUAGAAAUCAUUCUGAUGCAGCAGAAAUUUAUUGUCAAGGAGAUAUAUUACAUGUAGUAAUGAUGCUUGGCUUAUAUAAGGAUUCAAAAACAUUUGUUGAUAAGCCAUUAAAAAAAGAUCCAAAUGAGGUAAUUGCUAAUUUUCAACAACGUUUUACAAAAGCAAUCACAGAAGACGAUCGUGAAAAUGUGAAACAAUUCAUUGAAGAUAACUUUGGCGCUGAAGGAGAAGAGCUUAAUGAGUGUGAAUUGUCAGACUGGAAAGAGGAACCUGAACGAUUGCUUACUAUCGAAAAUAAUGCUUUACGAAAGUUUGCACUUCAAAUUAAUUACAUAUGGAAAGAUUUAUGCAGAACUGUAAAAAAAGAAGUUAAAGAACAACCACAAAGACAUUCGCUAAUUUAUGUACCGAAUGAAUUCAUUGUGCCAGGUGGACGUUUCCGUGAAUAUUACUAUUGGGAUGGUUAUUGGAUUAUAAAAGGACUUCUGGCAUCAGGUAUGCAAAAUACAACUCGUCGAAUGAUUGAAAAUUUUGCCUAUCUAAUAAAUACUUUUGGUUUUAUACCAAAUGGUGGACGAAUCUACUAUUUACGACGAUCACAACCACCACUAUUCAUACCAAUGGUUUACGAAUAUUAUGCAGCCACAAAAAAUGAUGAUUUCUUGGCUUCAGUAAUUGAAACUAUGGAAAAAGAGUUAUUCUUUUGGAAGACAAGACGUACAGUAAUAAUAGAAAAGAAUGGUCGAAACUAUACAGUAUUCCGUUAUCGAGCUGAUAGUAAUGUACCAAGACCAGAAUCAUAUCGUGAAGAUUACGUAACAACUGAGCAUGUACUACCGUCAAAAAAACGUGCUCUUUGGCGUGAUAUAGCAAGUGCAGCUGAAUCAGGAUGGGAUUUCAGUAGUCGGUGGUUUGCUGAUCAAAAAACAAUGGAAACUUGUGAGACAUCAAACAUAGCACCAGUUGACUUAAAUGCAUUUAUGUGCUGGAAUAUGGCUAUAUUAUCACAUAUACAUGGUCAUCUUGGGAAUUUAACACGUCGAAAUGAGCUAAACAAAGAACGGAGUAUGUUCAUCGAUACAUUUACUGAUGUAUUUUAUGAUAAAACAGAAAAAGCAUGGUAUGAUGUAAAUAUACGAACUGGUAAACGAAAUUAUGAAGCAUAUCCUUCCAUCGCAAUACCAUUAUUUGCUGAAUGCUAUCGACGAUUAGAUACACGAAUGAUGACUGAUGUACUUAAUACAUUACAACGUAGUGGACUUUUAAAUUUUCCCUUUGGAAUUCCUGUUAGUUUAAUCAAUGGUACAAAUCAACAAUGGGAUUUUCCAAAUGGAUGGGCAAAUGUAAAUCAUAUGAUUAUUGAAGGAUUACGAAGAUCUAAUUAUUACAGGAUGCAACAAAAAGCGUUUGAUAUUGCACAAAAAUGGAUCAACUUAAACUAUCGAGCUUACUUAAAAGAUGGUAAAAUGUGGGAGAAAUAUGAUGUUACUAAAGCGUACGUGCAUAAAGCUGAAGGCGGUGAAUAUGAAAUACAGGAUGGCUUUGGUUGGACGAAUGGAGUAGCACUUGAUUUAUUAGUCACCUAUGGAAAAUUAUUAACAUUUAAAGAUGAAAUGAAAGAUAAAACUGCUUCAAGUACAAUUACUAUUUCUCUCAGUUCAGUUUUAUUAUUAGCUUUGCCACUUCUUCUACUAGCCAAAGAUGACGUAAUUUGGUUAAGUUACAUCUGA